ACAAAAUGAUUUACACGUCGACUAUUUUGCUACUUAUAAUGAGCACCGGUACCUCACUGGGAACCUCGCUAACUGGCCGUCUGGCGGAGUUGGCCCACGAGUUCGGCCCUAAAGGUGUCGAAGUGGUCGAGCAGUUGGUAUCCCUGGCCGGUGGCCAACAGGAGUUUGAAUCCCUACUACCGUUCCCACUGCCAGAC